AUGAAGAACCCUUUGUGUUCUUGUCUACGCUUGUUUGUUUUAAACAAAACUUCCCCUCAACUAAAUCGAGGUUCAGAACUACCGGAGGGUUUAUGCCGUCAUUUUUCACUAGCUGACAUCAAAGCCGCCACCAACAACUUCCACCCCAACUCAGUUAUUGGUGAAAGUUGUUUUUGGAGUGUCCACAAAGGGACUAUUGAUAAUGGAACCAUAGUUGUCAAGCGCUGCCGAAGUGGAUCAUUUCAAGACGCAGUGAGAGAGCUCCAAAAUGAGGUACGGUUUCUUUGCCAGUUGCGCCACCCCCUUCUCGUCUCUCUUAUCGGGAUUUGCGAAGAGCGAAAUGAGAUGAUCCUCGUGUAUGAGUACGUGAGCAGAUGGACACUUGCUGAUCAUCUCUACGGUCAGGGUUAUGCACCAGUCCCUUGGAAGAGAAGGCUACAAAUAUGCAUUAGUGCAGCACGAGGACUGCACUACCUUCACACUGGUGCAAAAUACGCUCUAUUUCACGGUCACAUUACGAGCCGAAGCAUUCUUGUAACUGAAGAAUUGUCUUGUAAGCUUCAUGACUUUAGGCUCUCGAGAUUGGGUUCCUUUAGCAUGUCAAAAGCUUCGAGAGUUCGAAAAGAGUCAAGAAUUACGGGUACUUUUGGGUACAUGGCUCCGGAGUAUGCCAUGUAUGGGGAACUGACAGAAAAAUCUGAUGUUUUCUCAUUUGGGAUCAUCUUAUACGAAGUUCUUUUAGGCAGAACAGCCUAUGAUAGCACGCUCCCAAAGCAUAAACAACAUAUACUUAAUUGGCUGAAGGAAUCCCAAAGGGAAGGAGCCAUUUAUAAUUCCAUUGAUCCAUACCUCAAGGGAAGGAUAGCUCCAGAAUGUUUGGACAAGUAUUUGGAUAUCGCUUCUAGUUGUGCCCAUUAUAAGGGAAAUGAAAGGCCAGCAAUGGGUGAGGUGGUGGUCACACUAGAGCUUGCCUUGGAGCUGCAAGAGAGAACAGAAUCCAAAAUGGAGGCCAUCAAUCCUUCUGGUGAAUUUAUGUAUGAAGAAUUGUUUUCUGCCUCUGUUUCCGAAUUUUGCUUUCCAUACGACGAUUAUGGCAGUAACUCGUAA